AUGGACUUCUCCAACAUAUUCCGGCUGGUUAACCUGGUCGUGGGUGGUAUUAUGGUAUUGGGAGGAAUCAGUCAAUUCUUUCCCAUUGGCUUCCGGAGCAUUAUAGUGGGCAUCUACGUGAUUAUCUUUGGACUGGCUGUCGCUGGUCUUGAACUAUUGCCACAAGUCCCACCAUACCUCCCUAAAUACGCGAGCUUUUUGUUCUCAUUCCUUGGCCGUGGCAUCUUCUACGUCUUUGUUGGCUGUAUCAUACUUGAAGGACACGUUCUGCGGCUCAUCGCUGGCAUCAUCGUUGCAGCUGUUGGUGUGGGCUACUGUGCCCUCGAGUUUGCCCCUUCGAUCGAGCCACCGUCCAAUAUGCGGGACGCGGAUGCGGGCUGGGGCGCCGAGCAAGUCUGA